AUGACGGGUCUCAUUCCUAACAAUCCUGAUGUUCAUACCUUCCAUCACGCCGCAUCUUAUGCAUUUUCAGUUGAGAAAUUAGUUCUUUGUGGGAUCAAAUAUUGUCCAUAUAACUUCGGCAUCAGCUUCAAUAUUUGUCUCAUUAACGGACUCAUUGUCGGUGGACCAUUUGUAAUACCUCCUUUCAUUUUGUCUUAUUUUACGUUCUUCCUGCUUUUUGAGUCCACGACCAACGAUAUACAGGGGACCACUGACUCUGGUUUUCCCUCGAGGAUUAGGUCGGUUGAGUCCAUUUCGUUUAGCAACAUGGGGUCCAGAAUUUCAUCCUUGAUUAAAAAGAGGAUGAGCUAUGAAAAUGAUGAAGUAAUGAAGUCGGUGGGGGUGUUUGCUAUCACAGAGUGCAGACUGCAUCCAGAGGCUAUGAAGAAUUGUAAUCCUUUGAAGGUGCGAAAGGGUGCAUGGGGUUCCGAUGAAGAUGCCCUUCUCAGAAAAUGCAUCCAUAAGUUUGGCGAAGGAAAAUGGCACCUUGUUCCUCAGAGAGCAGGGCUGAACAGAUGCAGAAAAAGUUGUAGACUGAGGUGGCUUAACUAUCUCAGGCCAACUAUAAAGAGAGGUGAAUUUGGGGAAGAUGAAGUGGAUCUGAUGAUGAGGCUUCAUAAGUUACUGGGAAACAGAUGGUCACUAAUUGCUGGAAGACUGCCGGGAAGGACAGCAAAUGACGUUAAAAACUUCUGGAAUACCAACGUUCAGAAAAAACUUGCUACCGCCCACUUCGGUGGCCAUAAAGAGGUGGUGAAAGGGAAAGAGCUUAUCAAGACAAAACAAAAUAGCAGUGCCACUACUUGUACCGCUACCACUCAUACAGUUGUUAAGCCUCUUCCCCGGACCUUAUCCCAAGGCACAAGCGUACUCUACUAUAGUCUCAAUCCCCGAAAGCACAUGUACUCUCCACCUGGGAAAAUAUUAAAAAAUAGACUUAGCAGCAACGAGACACGGGCAUUAGAAAUUCCGGUGUCAGAUCUAGAUGGAAACGAGUGGUGGAGGAAUUUGUUUGUGGAAAUAGGGAUAGAUGAUGAAGGCUCAUUUGAGGGACUGCUAAAGACGUCCUCUAGUAAUUUAGAGAAUCUCGGUGACCAAAGAUGUCCAAUUCUGAAGACGAAUGAAUCGUUCGCCCCAGUAACCGAAGCCACCGGCUUACAAGAAGAAGAUUGCCGGAGUUGGAGUGACAUUUGGAAUCUUCUCAACUUAGAUUACAUUUAAUUAAUAAGUUGCACUUAAGCAUACAUGUAAAAACCAGUCUAGUGUAAGCUGGCAAAUGAUUCUUAAAUUUUACUC